AUGACAGCUCCACAUGCAUGGGGGUGUUUCUCCUAUGACAGGAAUGAGUUCAGGGUUCUACCCAGCUUCCUAGCCAGCCUUCACUCCUUGAUGACAGUAGCUCAGAAUUCUCAGACUUCCAUUGAGGUGUCACCUAUUCCCAUGGAUGCCCUAAGAAUGCUAGCUUCCAUCCAACAAUGCCAAUAUAUUGCUGGCAUUCAAAAUGGCAGCUCUGAGUUGAGAGCACUUUCCAAGACUGUGGGCCAGCAAUCAGUAACUAUAGAAAAACUGACAACUCGCCUUCAAACUGUUGAGGAAGAGGUUGCUAUUCUCCAUGCAUGGAUGGAGACACAGCAAGAUGAUUGUCUGGGAUCAAGUAGAGGGAGGAGAGUGAUGAAACUAUACAUACAUCCUCUAUUUGCUGAUCUUUGUGGCAUUGAAAGAAGUCUUGAGCAUGGUGUGAGAGCACUUGCUCUGACACAUGUUAAGCCUUUGGACACAUAUGAUGCCCUGAAUGCCAAAUUCAUACAGGAGGUUUCUCAGCAAAUCUGGGAUGAUGAGAUGACUCAGUGCCAGCAAACAGGCAAGGGAGAACUUCCUGACAGUGAUUACAGCAUGCCUAUCAUCAAGGAAUGCAUGAAGACAUACUUUUGA